GCUUGUUGCUGUCGUUCAUGAUGGGUUCGUCUGUGGGGCAGACUCACGAUGUUUUGGCCCAAAGCUAGGCUAGUAACGUUAUACGCUAUUUAUUGGGGCAAAUCUUUCUAGUUAACUAGCUCACUACAGUAACUUCACUAAUAAUAGGUAACGUUAGUCCAAAUUGUCAGUCCAUAACACUUGUGUAAAAUUGUCACCUUUUCAGCCCCAUUGGAUGUAGUUAUGUCGUGGCGAAUAACCUGCAUAUUGCUACUUUAGUGUGUGUACAGUUGAAGUCGGAAGUUUACAUACACCUUAGCCAAAUACAUUUAAACUCCGUUUUUCACAAUUCCUGACAUUUAAUCCGAUUAAAAAUGCCCUGUUUUAGGUCAGUUAGGAUCACCACUAUUUUAAGAAUGUGUAAUGUCAAUAAUAGUGAAGUGAUUUAUUUCGGCUUUUAAUUUCUUUCAUCACAUUCCCAGUGGGUCUGACGUUUACAUACACUAUAUUUGUAUUUGGUGGCAUUGCCUUUACAUUGUUUAACUUGGGUCAAACGUUUCAGGCAGCCUUCCACAAGCUUUUCACAAUAAGUUGGGUGAAUUGUGGCCCAUUCCUCCUGACAAGAGUUGGUGUAACUGAGUCAUGUUUGUAGGCCUCCUUGCUCACACACGAUUUUUCAUUUCUGCCCACAAAUGUUCUAUAGGAUUGAGGUCAGGGCUUUGUGAUGGCCACUCCAAUACCUUGACUUUGUUGUCCUUAAGCCAUUUUGCCACAACUUUGGAAGUAUGCUUGGUGUCAUUGUUCAUUUGCGACCAAGCUUUAACUUCCUGACUGAUGUCUUGAGAUGUUGCUUCAAUAUAUCCACAACUUUUUUUGCUGUUCUGGGAUUGAUUUGCACUUUUCGCACCAAAGUACGUUCAUCCAAGUAGACAGAACGCAUCUGCUUCCUGAGCGGUAUGCCGGCUGCGUUGUCCCAUGGUGUUUAUACUUACGUACUAUUGUUUGUACAAAUGAAUGUGGUACCUUCAGGCGUUUGGAAAUUGCUCCCAAGGAUGAACCAGACUUGUGGAAGUCUACAAUUCUUUUUCCUGAGGUCUUUGCUGAUUUCUUUUGAUUUUCCCAUGAUGUCAAGCAAAAAGGCACUGAGUUUGAAGGUAGUGUUCACCAGGCCCCACCAUGCUGAGUUUCCUCCGCCGGACGCUGGGCCGGCAGUCCAUCCGUAAGCAUGCUGACAAGGCCCGGUUGAGAGAGGCCCAGCGGGCCACCACACACAUCCCUGCUGCCGGGGACUCCAAGUCUGUCAUCACCUGCUGUGUGUCAAUGCUGGACGGCACAGACGUCAGUGUGGACCUAGCGAAAAAAGCCAAGGGUGAGGAGCUGUUUGACCAGGUCAUGUACCAUCUGGACAUCGUAGAGAAGGACUACUUCGGACUACGCUUCAUGGACUCUGCACAAGUACCGCAUUGGCUUGACAUUACAAAAAGCAUUAAAAAACAAGUCAAAAUCGGACCUCCAUACUGCCUUCACAUGAGAGUUAAGUUCUACUCCUCAGAACCCAACAACCUGCACGAGGAGUUGACCAGAUAUCUGUUUGUAUUACAACUAAAGCGAGACCUCCUCAGUGGCAAGUUAGAAUGCCCUUUGGACACCGCAGUGGAACUGGCAGCCUUCUCGUUACAAGCUGAGCUGGGAGACUGUGACCCUGCGGAGCAUGCUCUGGACAUGGUGUCGGAGUUCCGCUUCAUGCCAGAGCAGACGGAGGCCAUGGAGCUGGCCAUCUUCAACACCUGGAAGGAGUGCAGGGGCCAGAUGCCGUCGCAGGCAGAGAUUAACUACCUGAACAAGGCCAAAUGGCUGGAGAUGUAUGGGGUGGACAUGCACAUGGUCAAGGCUCGAGAUGGUAAUGAAUACCAGUUAGGACUGACUCCCACUGGAGUGCUGGUGUUUGAGGGAGAGACCAAGAUAGGCCUGUUCUUCUGGCCCAAGAUCACCCGUCUAGACUUUAAGAAGAGCAAGCUGACCCUGGUGGUGGUGGAGGAGGAUGGAGAAGAGGCUCAGGAGACAGAAGAGGGCAAAGAGCAGCAGCACACGUUUGUGUUCCGUAUGGACCACCCCAAGGCUUGUAAGCACCUGUGGAAGUGUGCUGUGGAACACCAUGCUUUCUUCCGGCUCCGCGGCCCCGUCCAGAAGGGCUCAGCGCGAUCCGGGUUCAUCCGCAUGGGGUCACGCUUCCGCUACAGUGGGAAGACUGAGUACCAGACCACCAAGGGCAACAAAGCCAGGAGGUCAGCAUCGUUUGAGAGGAGGCCCAGCCGACGCUACUCCAGGAGGACCAUGAUGAACCGGGGAGCCAACAAACCCCAGGAUCACAACAACGGAAUGAGCCCCAACACAGAUGCCAAGCCCCUCCACAUCAGAAGCCCCUGGUCCCUGCCCGUGGUCAGCCCUGCAUCCUCAGGCUCCACCAGCAGACCUAUGAAAAUCGAAACCCUCCCCAGGAGUCCUGGCGGUGGCCAAUCGGAGAAGAGGAGCAUGGCCUUGCCACUCGUAGCCGAUCUGCUGGAGACAUGCGUUAAUGACGUCACCCAUACACCCGUUCCCAUGGCGACAGCAGGCCUGUCUGAGGAGGCGGGGCUAAGCAUGGCUGCCUCCGCCUCCAGCCUCACAGGGGAGGAGAAAGUCUCUCUUGCCGAGGCGGCAACGCGGCUGAAGCAGCUGGAACUACACAGUCUCUCGCUCCCUGUCCCUUCCAGAGCCAACCUCAACAUGAACAACCAGGAGGAUGUGGUGAAGCUCACAGAGGAGUGUCUGAACAGUGUGGCUAGCAGCUCUGUGCCUUCUCCACUUCGCCCCCCAGAGGACCUGAAGAGGAACAUUAUCAAAGCCCAGGCACAGGCUGCCCUCAAGAGCUCCCUGGAGGAGCACGUUGUGAUGGGGGACAAGAACACCAAUGUACAGGAAGCUGCAGCCAGUGUUGAGAUGUUGGCUGUGGAUCUCAUGCAAUCAGCACCUAUGAUGCCCCUUGAAAUACUUGACGGAGGGCAACCAACAAAGGCCGAACCUGAGGAGCUGAAGAUUCCCACCCCUCCGUCACUGCGGGCCCCGCUGAGCAGUAACCUGAUAGACUUCUCAGACCCAACCCCAGUAUUACCGCCACCAUCAGUGCAAUCCAAGCCCAUGAUAUCACCUCGCUGGAUCAUCCCUGCUGCUGCAUGGUGGGAACUACCUUUGCCAGCAAGCCAGCCCGCAAGCAAGCAAGCAAGCCAGCCCGCAAGCAAGCAAGCCAGCCAGCCAGCCCGCAAGCAAGCCAGCCAGCCCGCAAGCAAGCCAGCCAGCCCGCAAGCCAGCCAGCAAGCAAGCAAGCAAGCCAGCCAGCAAUCCAGCCCGCAAGCAAGCCAGCCAGCAAUCCAGCCCGCAAGCAAGCCAGCCCGCAAGCAAGCCAGCCAGCAAUCCAGCCCGCAAGCAAGCCAGCCCGCAAGCAAGCCAGCCAGCAAGCCAGCCCGCAAGCAAGCCAGCAAGCCAGCCAGCCAGCCAGCAAGCAAGCAAAAAAAACUCUGACAGCUAUUUUCUUUUUACUAUGAAUCUAUUGUGUACACCAGAAAGUGAGUGGCUUUGGGCUAUUAUUGUUCAGUCAAACAUCUACCACUGCUGUGCUGGAACCAUUAAAUUGGGCUGCUGCUGUAUGAGUAAUGAGUUUAAUCACCUCUAUACAGAUGAAGUCAAAUGCUGCAGGAGUCCCAACAGUAUUGGCUUUCUGCUCAGCUCUCUGAGAUAGACACAGAGGCUUUGUAGAGGCUGUGUUUGGGUUGCAUGUGUAGGUAUUCGUGUGUCCAUCGUCCAUCCCCCAACAAAUUAUUAGCAACAAAUGGAGAGAGAGAGAGAGCAGGGCAGGCUGUCUGUGUUUUACCGCUGGCUGGCAGCUGCAGGACCUAAUGGGGAUGUGGAAGGUGUAAUGGGUGUGAGUGAUCUAUCACCAGCAACACACAGAGGUGACAGAUCAGUGCCACAACAAUUACCAUAACACACAGGGUAUACAGAGCCUUCAGAAAGUAUUCAUACCCCUUGACUUAUUCCACAUUUUGUUGUUACAGCCUGAAUUCAAAAUGGAUUCAAUUGAUUUUUUGUAUUUCACCAAUCUACACACACUACCCCAUAAUGACAAAGUGAAAACAUGUUUUUAGAAAUCUUUACAAAUUGAUUGAAAAUGAAAUACAGAAAUAUCUAAUUUACAUAAGUAUUCACACCCCUGAAUCAAUACAUGUCAGAAUCCCCUUUGGCAGUGACCACAGCUGUGAGUCUUUCUGGGUACAUCUCUAAGAGUGAUUACAGCUGUGAGUCUUUUUGGGUAAGUCUCUAAGAGUGAUUACAGCUGUGAGUCUUUUUGGGUAAGUCUCUAAGAGUGAUUACAGCUGUGAGUCUUUCUGGGUACAUCUCUAAGAGUGAUUACAGCUGUGAUUCUUUCUGGGUACAUCUCUAAGAGUGAUUACAGCUGUGAGUCUUUCUGGGUAAGUCUCUAAGAGCUUUGCACACCUGGAUUUUACAGUAUUUGCUCAGUAUUCUUUUCAAAAUUCUUCAAGCUCUGUCACAUUGGUUGUUGAUCAUUGCUUGCAAUGGCAGACGUAUCAUUAGGCUGAAGAAGCAAUUGCCUCACAUCAUCAAGGGGUCUCAUGAGCUGGGCAUAAAACAAAUAUAUAUUUUAAACAACAAAAUUUUAUUUCUCUGCCUUCUGCAUCAUCUGUGGUGUAAGGUGGCCGAGCUACAGCGGUGUUUGUCAGACCAGGAGACGUUCCCAAAAUUGGUCUUCUCAUUUUGAACGGCACUCUACACCCCUCUAUGGAACUGGGAGAAGGGGAGUCUCACCAACAGUAAGGAGAUCACCGUUUUGUUCUACAACCCCACAAGUGCCACGAGACUUGUAUGAAGGUACUUGGGCUGAGAAAUGAAUGGAAAUGAAUAAGGCAUUUCCACGUAAAAGGUAGAUGGGUAAUUCAAAGACACUUCAAAACAUACUUUUAUUUACUAUCAAAAGGAAGUAUCUGUUUUUCCGUGUAUGAAUCUGUUAUUAAACACGCUUCUAUGGGCUAAAGCAGUAAGGCCAAAUUCAAUGUUUCAUCAAAUCAUUUUUUGAAUAUACACUGCUCAAAAAAAAUAAAGGGAACACUUAAACAACACAAUGUAACUCCAAGUCAAUCACACUUCUGUGAAAUCAAACUGUCCACUUAGGAAGCAACACUGAUUGACAAUCAAUUUCACAUGCUGUUGUGCAAAUGGAAUAGACAACAGGUGGAAAUUAUAGGCAAUUAGCAAGACACCAGCGCACCAGAGACUCCUGUGGCGGCCCGGGCGCAGUGCGCACUAACCAAGGUUGCCAGGUGCACGGUGUUUCCUCCGACACAUUGGUGUGGCUGGCUUCCGGGUUUGACACCUUCAGUGUCUUUAGAUAUUUUUGUCAGAUGUUACUAUGGAAUACUGAAGUAUAAUUACAAGCAUUUCAUAAAUGUCAAAGGCUUUUAUUGACAAUUACAUGAAGUUGAUGCAAGAGUCAAUAUUUUCAGUGUUGACCCUUUUUUUCAAGAUCUCUGAAAUCUGCUCUGGCAUGCUGUCAAUUUACUUCUGAGCCACAUCCUGACUGAUGGCAGCCCAUUCUUGCAUAAUCAAUGCUUGGAGUUUGUCAGAAUUUGUGGGUUUUAUUUGUCCACCCGCCUAUUGAGGAUUGACCACAAGUUCUCAAUAGGAUUAAGGUCUGGGGAGUUUCCUGGCCAUGGACCCAAAAAAUCAAUGUUUUGUUCCCUGAGCCACUUAGUUAUCACUUUUGCCUUAUGGCAAGGUGCUCCUUCAUGCUGGAAAAGGCAUUGUUCG